GCUUCACAUUGAUGUACACGUGUAGUGCGAACGACAUCAGUUGAGAAAGAAAAAAGGCACCCCCAAACAAUACACACGCACAACAGCUGGUAGAAUGGGUCGUAGCAACAACCAGCGACGGCGCACCGCCAAGGCGAAGGGUAAGGCCUUCAUUCCCAAGAUGGUGAAGAGCAAGGUGCGAAACCAAGUUCGAAAGGUGAAAAUAAUGGUCGCGAAGAAAGACCCGAGGCUGAACAAGAAGCUUUCCUACGACAAGUUCCGCACAAAAUCUGGCAAGAUCACCCAGCGCAAGUUCCAGUCUGGUGGCUACAACAAUAGCGGCAGGUUCGGUAAGGCUGCCGGUGCCAAGCAGCACGCCAUCAAAGGCAAGAAGGGGGUGAAGUGA